GCUAUCCAUAAAAGAGAAAGCAAUCAGAUUCUAUCAACAGCCUUCAUCGGAUCCAUUGACUUACCGUCAACGCAUUCAAUCUCUUCACGUCCAUUGGAUCAACAAUCGAUUGAAAAAUGCACUUSUGUUCCUCCAAGUUGUGUACAUUUAUUUUGGUUUUGUUUUUUCGUUUGGAAGUUGUUCUAUCAUUUUGGCAAUCCGGAUUUUCACGCWCCCGAUAUCAAUCUAAAGUCUUGAGUUCUUGGUGGCAGCYGACAGAUACCAGAAUAGAUAAACGACUGUUCUUGUCGCUGAUCGAACCGGGUACACCUCGAAAUAGCCGGUUUCGACCACCAUUUACACAAGUAAUUUCGGAUGUGGACGACACUCUGAAGAGUAGCGGUGGUGUGAAUGUUGGGGGAGUUGCUCUGGGGGGGAUCGAUGUCCAGUAUGAACGCGGCGACUUUUACCCUGGUGUCGGCGAAUUCAUGCUUGGGAUGAGCCUCUAUGGAUUGCCGAAGGAAGACGUCACUUCUCCGGCCAAAAUCGCGAUACUGACUGCGAGGGCCGAGGAAUUCAAGGCUGCGCUAGAAAUCAAAGAGGACAGCAAACUGGCAGUAGCGCUGCGAAGCGCAGGGGUGAAAGCAGGCAUAGACGGAUGGGGGGUACGUGCUUGUGUUCUAUUUUUGUGAGUUGCCUCAARUAAUAACUCACUUACUAUCGCAAUUUCAUAAAAUUUCUUUCUUACGGCGAAAAAUCCAAAGAUUGGGCCUGUUUUAUAUGGGAGUGUCGCCGAAUGGAUCGUUCAAGAUCGCAAAGGUCUUCGAAAAUUUACUAAUUUUGAACGGCUGAUACARCAAGAUCCCACUGGCAUGAUAUUUCAGGUAAGUUUCAUGUUUUGUUUCCAGCGGAAAUGCAUGAAGUAUACAGAUAUGUUUGCACCCAAAAAAACUUAUUUCAAUCAAUGCCGGAAUGAUUUCUUUCCCAAAGUAUGUUUAUGUCGGUGAUGUUGGAGAGUUAGACCAAGAGGCAGGUGAAACUAUGCUUCGAGAAUAUCCAGAAGUAGUAAAAGCAGUCUUUCUUCACGUUGUCACCGAUCAGGCAGAUGUGACACCAAUCAUACCGGCACCAAAAUAUAUCAAUGGACGCCCUCUAGUUUUCUUUCGGACCUACGUCGGAGCUGCAGUAGAUGCAGUCCAGCUAGGGAUGAUGGACUUGCUUGGUUUGAAAGCRGUAGCAGAGGCAGCAAUCGAAAAGCUAGCCGGAGUUCCGAAAACCUCAGACAAAUGGGAAGAUCUCCAAAAAGAUUUGGCUCGUGCUAAUAUUCUGUUUGAAAAAAAUAAGGAUGAACUGAAGUUUUGGUAACGAUGGAUUGGCGAUGAACUCGCGAAAGAUGACAUAUUUUAUCACGAUGCAUCACAAAGAAUUGCGAUACUCAGAUUUUUUGUGAAUCGACUUGAGAAAAUGAUUUUUGGGGUUAUGUCUGUGAUGGGUAGGUCCAAUAAAUCRAUGCCCAGUCAAAAAUUGGCUAAAAUUAUCGCGGGGAUUUCCCGAGCAGAAUAUGGAGGAAAAUACAUMACUCCCUACAAUUUUCCACUUGGCGGGAUGAUUUGGGAUGGUGAGAGCUCUACUUUUACUUGCUUGAGAAAAACAAAGUUUGCUCCAGUGCAAAGUAAUCAGCAUGGGAUACUACUAGUACUACAUACGCUCGGUAAUAAGAAAUAUCAUGAUGUUAUAUUCUCAAGUUCUGGUACCACAAUCAUACAAGUAGCAGAGGACGAGGAACCGAGAAACAGUAGCAUCACUACUAAAUGGAACACAUUAUGGUGUUAAUUCCAGGAGCUUUUGCAGCUCAAGAGCCCACCACAUCUUUCAGAAGGUGGUGGAACUUCAAACCAAUUGUACUAGCAGCUGCAAAGUAUUCUCUCAUUUGCAGCUGCUGAUUGACGGACUGUACCAACCAGACUGGGUAACAUAGUACAAGUGCGAAUAAAUGAGUGACAUCUUA